GCUGCACAGCGGAGGCUUCGGGAAGAACUGGGAAGGCAGCCAGAGCAAGAGUCACAGCUACAGCCUCCGUUACCGAAGACUCUGCGCCUUCUCACGCUGUUGUACAUAGGACGUUUUGGAGGAUAAAAGGGGUGUUUUUUUUUUUGGUUCAAAAUAAAAAUUUUCCGUCCCAUCUCUUUUUCCAAAAUGACCGGUGGCCCGGUGACUGGGUUGCUGGUUGCGCUCUGCAUUGGCACCGCUGUCCACUGCAUGCCGAAGACCAAAUACCGGCGUCAAGCUCAGCAGCACGUUUAUCCCAGCUUGGACGACGCGACAUCGUUCUCAUCCUUGGCCUCGUCGGUUUCUCAAGACGGCUGCAACGAGGCUGGCCAGUAUUAUGGAGUUAACGAGCAAUGGGAGCGCCAGUAUUUAGGCAGCACGCUGAUCUGCACUUGUCACGGAGUUGCAGGAAUUCAAUGCAAAACCAAAUAUGAAGCCGAGGAGACGUGUUAUGACAAAAUCAAUGCGAGGUCUUACCGGGUUGGGGAAACCUAUGAGCGGCCGAAGGAAGGGAUGAUUUGGGACUGCACAUGCAUCGGCUCCGGUCGCGGAAAAAUCAGCUGCACGAUAGCAAACCGUUGUCAUGAAGGAGGCCAAUCCUACAAAAUUGGGGACACCUGGAAGAGACCCCACGAGACCGGAAGUUACAUGUUGGAGUGCGUCUGUUUGGGAAACGGCAAAGGGGAGUGGACUUGCAAGCCAGUUGCGGAGCGUUGCUACGACAACUCGGCUGGCACGUCUUACCUGGUGGGGGAGACCUGGGAGAAGCCCUACCAGGGGUGGAUGAUGGUGGACUGUACCUGUCUGGGGGAGGGCAACGGACGCAUCACCUGCACAUCCAGAAACCGCUGCAAUGACCAGGACAUGCAGGCCUCCUACCGCAUCGGAGACGCCUGGAGCAAGAAGGACGCCCACGGACACGUCCUGCAGUGCCUGUGCACGGGGAACGGCCGCGGCGAGUGGAAGUGCGAGAGACACGCGUCGCUGCACACUCUGGGCACCGCGACUCGAGUGGUGACCAACGUGCAGCCGGCGGUGUACCCCCUGCCCCACCCCGAGCCCCCCACCGAGGGCAGCUGUGUGACGGGCUCGGGCGUGGCCCACUCCCUGGGCAUGCGCUGGAUCAGGGCCCAGGGCAGCAAGCAGAUGCUGUGCACCUGCCUGGGCAACGGCGUGAGCUGUGAGGAGUGGGAGGGCCAGUCCCAGGUCUACGGGGGGAACUCCGGGGGCCAGCCCUGUGUCUUCCCCUUCGUGUUCAUGGGCAAGACCUACUACUCCUGCACCUCGGAGGGGCGCAAUGACGGGCAGCUGUGGUGCAGCACCUCCUCCGACUACGAGACCGAUCGCAUGUACUCCUUCUGCACGGAGAAGAACGUCCUGGUGACGACCCGCGGGGGGAACUCGAACGGCGCGCUCUGCCACUUCCCCUACCUGUACAACGGCCGCAACUACACCGACUGCACCGCCGACGGCCGCCGGGACGGCAUGCGCUGGUGCGGCACCACCUACGACUUCGACCACCAGCAGAGCUACGGCUUCUGCCCCAUGGCCGCUCAUGAGGAGGUGUGCACGACCAGCGACGGCGUGAUGUACCGCGCGGGUGACCAAUGGGACAAGCGCCACGACGUGCUGGGUCACAUGAUGCGCUGCACGUGCCUGGGCAACGGCCGCGGAGAGUGGAGCUGCGUCGCGUACUCCCAGCUGAAGGACCAGUGCAUCAUCGACGGGCUGACCUACGAGGUGAACCAGACCUUCACCAAGCGCCACGACGAGGGCUACAUGAUGAACUGCACCUGCUUCGGCCAGGGGCGGGGCCGCUGGAAGUGCGACGCCAUUGACCAGUGCCAGGAGCCGGAGACCAGGGUCUUCUACCAGAUCGGCGAGUCCUGGUACAAAACCAUCCACGGCAUCCAGUACCGCUGCUAUUGCUACGGCAACGGUAUCGGGGAGCUCAGCUGUGAGCCCCAACAGGGCGGCUCUGGUGGAAAUCGUCCCGUGCAGGUCAUCAUCACGGAGACGGGGAACCAGCCCGAUUCUCACCCCAUCCAGUGGAACGCGCCCCCCUCCGCCCACAUCACACAGUACAUCCUCAAGUGGAGACAGAAAAACACGCAGGCCCCGUGGAAGCAGGUGAUCAUCCCGGGACACCUGAACUCCUACACCAUCGCCGGCCUCCGCCCCGGGUACACCUACGAGGGUCAGCUGAUCAGCAUCCUGCGCUACGGUCGCCGUGAGGUCACACGCUUCGACUUCACCACCACCUACGGCUCCCUGGAGACCUCCGAGGGCGAGACCACGCAGCUGCCGCCCGUGGUGGACACGUCCGAGUCGGUGACGGAGAUCACCUCCAGCAGCUUCGUGGUGUCCUGGGUGUCCGCCUCCGACACCGUGUCGGGAUUCCGCGUGGAGUACGAGCUGAGCGAGGACGGAGCCAAGCCCGUCAUCCUGGAUCUGCCCAACACCGCUACCUCGGUCAACAUCAACGAGCUGCUUCCUGGUCGCAAGUACACAGUGAACGUAUACGAAGUGACACCGGAGGGCGAGCCCAACCUCAUCCUGACCACCUCGCAGACAACCGCUCCUGACGCUCCCGCUGAACACGCUGUGGAUGAGGUGGAGGAGACCUCCAUCAUGGUGAGCUGGUCCAAGCCCCUGGCUCCAAUCACAGGAUAUCGCGUGGUCUACACCCCGUCAGUAGAGGGCGGCAGCACGGAGCUCACCCUGCCUGACACCGCCACCUCCGUGACCCUGAGUGACCUUCGACCCGGCCAGCUCUACAACAUCAGCAUCUACGCCGUGGAGGAGAGCCAGGAGAGCGCGCCCGUGUUCGUGCAGGUGCACACCGCUGGAGAGCCUCUGCCAGAGGAGGUCCCGGCCCCGACAGACCUCCAGUUCUACGAGGUCUCGGACGUGAAGAUCACCAUCAUCUGGACGGCGCCCCCCAGCGAGGUUUCAGGGUACCGCGUGAUGGUCCUUCCUGUGGUGGAGGGGAGCAGCCCACAGCAGGAGAUCCAGCUACCAAUCACGCGGAACGCCUAUGCCGAGGCCACGCCCCUGCAGCCCGGGACCCUCUACCGCUUCUACAUCUACGCCCUCAGCGGGGAGGGCCAGAGCGAGCCGCUGGUGGGGGAGAAGGCCACCAAGCCCGACGCCCCCACUGACCUGCGCUUCGUCAACGUGACGGAGGAGAGCGCCACCGUGGUCUGGUCGGCGCCCCAGGCCCGGAUCACGGGCUACCGGCUGUUCCUGGUCGAGGGCUCCAGCUCCAAGCAGCUGAAGGUCCCGCCGCGCCUGUCCCAGUACCCCCUGCUCAACCUGCGCCCCGACACCGAGUACACCGUCACCCUCCACUCCGAGACCGACAACGUGGUCAGCGAAGGGGCCCGCGGCGUCUUCACCACCUCUCAGCCAAUGGGAAACGCUCCUCGCAUCAGCACCGAUGUCACCGACACCUCCAUCAUCAUCUCCUGGACCCCCGUGCCCCGCAUCGGAUACAAGCUCUCCGUGAGGCCGAGUCAGGGAGGCGAGGCUCCCCGCGAGGUCACCUCCGACUCGGGCAGCAUCUACAUCUCCGGCCUGACCCCGGGGGUGGAGUACACCUACAGCGUGCAGCCAAUCGUCAACGGGCACGAGCGCGGCACACCAAUCACGCGACGCGUCGUCACGCGCCUGUCCCCUCCCACGGACCUCAAUCUGGAGUCUAACCCAGACACCGGGGAGCUGACCGUCCAGUGGACCGAUGCCAAGACCCCCGACAUCACCGGGUACAGAGUGGCGUGCACUCCGACCAACGGGCAGCGUGGGAACUCUGUGGAGGAGUUUGUGAGCGCGGGGCAGAACUCCUGCACCCUGGAGAAGCUGGUGCCCGGCGUGGAGUACAACGUCAGCGUCUUCACCGUCAAAGACGACAUGGAGAGCGAGCCGGCCUCCACCACGGUCACUCCAGAAGUGCCUCAGCUCACGGACCUGGGCUUCGUGGACGUGACCGACACCACGAUCGGCCUGAGAUGGACGCCGCUCAACUUCACCGCCGUCACCGGCUACCGCAUCACGGUGGUGGCCGCCGGCGAGAGUAUGCCCAUCUUUGAGGACACGGUGCAGCCCUCCACCGGCUACUACACCGUGAACGGCCUGGAGCCUGGCAUCGACUACGACAUCAGCGUCACCACCCUGACGGAGAGCGGCCAGAGCGAGCCCACCACCGUCACCCAGCAGACCGCUGUUCCUGCCCCCACGAACCUGAAUUUCGGAGAGGUGGGACCCGACACCAUCGAGGUGACCUGGACCGCCCCGACCGUCGUCUCGCCCAAUGACAUCUCUCGCUUCAUCGUGCGCUACCACCCCAUCAACAACGACGAUGACAUCACCGAGCGCAACGUGGGGGGCGACACCAACAGCGUCGUUCUGCGCGACCUGCUGCCCAACACGGAGUAUGUGGUGAGCGUGGUGUGCGUGUACGAGCAGCGGGAGAGCAAGCCCAUCACCGGCACACACAAGACCACCCUGGACUCACCCACGGGCCUGGACUUCUCGGAGGUGCUCACCAACUCCUUCACCGUCCACUGGGUGGCGCCACGCGCCGUCAUCACCGGCUACAAGAUCCGCUACCAGGCCGCCAGCGGCGGGCGCUCCAGGGAGGAGAGACUGCCCCCGUCCCGGAACCACUUCACCCUGACGGGCCUGGCCCCGGAGACGGAGUACAUCAUCCACAUAUUCGCCGUCAGCCGGUCCCUGGAGAGCCAGCCCCUCACGGGUCGCCAGGCAACCAUUUCCGACGCCCCCACCGACCUGGUUGUGACCACCUCCAGCCCCAGUAGCAUUACCAUCCGCUGGGACGCCCCCAGUGCCUCUGUGCGGUACUACAGGAUCGCCCACGGGGAGACAGGAGGCCACGACGCCCCCAAGGAGUUCACCGUGCCCGGCUCCCAGUCCUCCGCCGUCAUCGGCAGCCUGCGGCCCGGCACAGAGUACACCAUCACCGUGUACGCCGUGACCGGCCGGGGGGACAGCCCCGCCUCCAGCACCCCCGUCUACAUCACCCACCGCACCGACAUCGAGUCCCCGUCCGAGAUGGAGGUGACGGACGUGAAGGACAGCGCCAUCACCGUGCGCUGGAGCCCCGCCCAGGGCCCCGUGACCGGGUACCGCGUCACCGGCACCCCCAAGAACGGCCAGGGACCCACCUUCUCCGAAGUCGUCGCCCCCGACCAGACGGAGAUCACCUUCUCGGGCCUGAUGCCCACUGCUGAAUACGAGCUGAGCGUGUUUGCCCUGGGCAAGGACGGCGAGAGUCCGCCCCUCGUGGAGACCGCAGUCACCUCUGUGGACCGGCCGAAGGACCUGACCUUCUCGGACGUGGACUCCACGUCCAUGCGGAUCUCCUGGGAGGCGCCCGACGGCGCGGUCACCGCGUACCGCAUCCUGUACUCCAGCUCGGAGGAGGGCGAGCGGGAGCUCCGCCCGGCCCCCGACGGGGACGCCGAGACCGCCCUGCUGGAGGGCCUCCGCCCCGGCACCGAGUACACCGUGCGCGUCCUCGCCCUGCACGACCGCACCCCCAGCCCCGGCCUGGAGGGCACGCAGGCCACAGCCAUUCCCGCCCCCACGAACCUGAGUUUCAGUAACGUCAGCCCUUCAACCUUCACCAUCACCUGGGACGCCCCCCAGGCCCAGCUUUCUGGGUACCGCGUGGUCGUCAACCCCAAGAACAAGAGCGGACCCACCAAAGAGAUCAACCUGGCUCCUGACACCACCCAGGUGGUGGUCUCCUCACUCAUGGUUGCCACGACGUAUGAGGUCCAGGUGUACGCCCUGAAGGACACUCUAACGAGCCGCCCUCUUCAGGAGGAGAUCACUACCCUGGACACCAUCAGCCCCCCUCGCCGUGUCCGGAUCACGGACGUCAAAGACUCCUCCAUCACGCUCACCUGGCGCUCCAAGGUGGAGACCAUCUCCGGCUUCCUCAUCGACGCCACCCCCACCAGCAGCAGCCACGAGCCCAUCCGACGAACCAUCUCCCCUGACCUCCGCUCCUACACCCUUACUGGUCUGCAGCCAGGCACCAUCUACACCAUCCUCUUCUACACCCUGAACGGAGAGGCCCGAAGUGCCCCCUUCACUCUCACCACCAGCACAAUCAAACCGUCGGUGGAGGGUCCCACCAACAUCCGCUUCACCUCGCUGACCCCCAACGCCAUCUCGUUUACCUGGGACGCCCCCCGCACCCGAAUCACCGGCUACUUCAUCACCUACGAGGAGUCGGGCGGCUCCCCCCGGGAGCUGACCCCACGACCUCACGCCGGAAUGAACUACGCCACCAUCUCGGGGCUGAAGCCUGGCACUGAGUACAUCAUCAAGAUCAUCACCCUCCUGGGGGCCCAGCGAAGCAGCCCUCUGGUGGGCAAGGCAAGAACCCAACCCGAGCCCCUGCUGCCCGUCCUGCCCGCCCUGCCUGUCCCCCACCGGCCCGGCCCGGACAUUCUGGACGUGCCCGAAACCGACUUGGACCAGAACCGCGUGCAGCUUGUCGGCACGAACGGGCACGACAUGCUGGGACAGCAAGGCCAGCACAUCUACACAGAGUACCAGAGCCAGGGGAACGGGCCCCAAAUCACCUUCACCGAACUGGGCCCCGACAGGGAGCUGGUGCCCCUGGUGCGGGUCGGUGACGGGCCCGUGCUGGCCUAUCCCUUUGGUUUUCCAGAGAACGAAACGGGAAUGCCGCAGGAGUCCCAGACCCAGACCACCGUCUCCUGGCAACCGUACCAGCAGAGCUCCGAGUACCUGCUGUCCUGCCAGCCUGUCACCCAGCAGAACGAGAAGCUGUUCCAGAUGCGCCUCCCCGGCACCUCCACCAGCGCCACCCUCGUGGGCCUGACCUCCGGAGCCUCCUACAACGUCAUCGUGGAGGCCAUCAAAGAGGGGCUGAAACGCAAGAUCCUGGAGGAGAUGAUCACCGUCAGCAACACCGUUCCAGGGAACGUGCCCUCCAAGGACGUGUGUUACGACACCUUCACGGCGACCUACCACGACGUGGGAGACGAGUGGGAGCGCAUGUCCGACACGGGCUUCAAGCUCUGGUGCAAGUGCCUGGGACUCGGGAGCGGCCAUUUUAGAUGCGAUUCCUCCAAGUGGUGUCAUGACAACGGGCAGAACUACCGCAUCGAUGAGAAGUGGGACCGCAAGGCGGAGAACGGUCACAUGAUGAGCUGCACCUGUCUAGGCAACGGGAAGGGCGAGUUCAAGUGCGAGCCACAUGAGGCCACCUGCUAUGAUAACGGGAAGGUGUACCAGGUGGGGAACCAGUGGCAGAAGGAGUACUUGGGAGCCAUUUGCACCUGCACUUGUCACGGCGGACAGCAGGGUUGGCGCUGUGAGAACUGCCGUCGGCCGGGCGCUGAUCUGGACGUGGACCUGGUGCAGCCCGUACACACGGACCUGUACGACCGCUACAGGGAGAACACCCUGCGCAAACUGAAUAUUCAAUGCCCCAUUGAGUGCCUGAGGCCGGAGCUCCUUGCAGACGCCCAAAACCCGAGAGAGUGAACGGAGACCCCCCCCGUCCGUCCGUCCAUCCGUCGGUCGGUCCAUCCUACCCCUGCUCCCCAGCUAUGUACCGUGCCGGUGAUGUUGAGGAGGCCGCCCCUCACCCCAGACUGUACCAAUAACGCCCUCUGUGCCUUAUUCUCCUACACCCUCUCACCCCAGACUGUACCAAUAACACCCUCUGUGCCUUAUCCUCUCACCCCAGACUGUACCAAUAACACCCUCUGUGCCUUAUUCUCCUACACCUCUCACCCCAGACUGUACCAAUAACACCCUCUGUGCCUUAUUCUCCUACACCUCUCACCCCAGACUGUACCAAUAACACCCUCUGUGCCUUAUUCUCCAACACCCUCUCAUCCCAGAC